GCUCAUUCACUGAUUAGAGCCAGCGCUGAGAGGCAGCACUGCUCCUUCUCUCACACCAACCGAGUCUCUUGAUCUGUACAUGCAAUCCCAGGCAGCUCGCGAACACAAACCCGGGGCCAGCCGCCUGCUGCUGCUGCCGCUGCCGCCGCCGCCGCCGCCGCUGCCUCCGCCGGCUCUGCGCACCCGGGACUUUUCAUGCACCACACUCACUGCCUCCUUCCCUCCGUGUCCUGAAAAGUGCGACCGUUCUCCCAAGGAAUUUCCACGGUCUUAGAAGGGGAUGAUUCCCCAGUAAUAUUCCCUGCCCUGAUCCAAGGUGCCGCUCGGCCUCCCUCCCAGGGAAGACUGCUUCUUGUGUGACACGAGCCUAAGAAAGAGACUCCGAUGGACUUACACCGGGCAGCCUUCAAGAUGGAGAACUCAUCCUACCUCCCCAACCCGCUGGCAUCCCCAGCACUGAUGGUCCUGGCGUCCACGGCUGAGGCCAGCCGCGAUGCUUCCAUCCCUUGUCAGCAGCCACGACCCUUUGGUGUACCUGUCUCAGUAGACAAGGACGUGCAUAUUCCAUUCACCAACGGUUCCUAUACCUUUGCCUCUAUGUACCAUCGGCAAGGUGGGGUGCCAGGCACUUUUGCCAAUCGUGAUUUCCCCCCUUCUUUACUACACCUCCACCCUCAGUUUGCUCCCCCAAAUCUAGAUUGCACCCCAAUCAGUAUGCUAAAUCAUAGUGGAGUGGGGGCUUUCCGUCCCUUUGCUUCCACUGAGGACCGGGAGAGUUAUCAGUCAGCCUUUACGCCGGCCAAGCGACUUAAGAACUGCCAUGACACAGAGUCUCCCCACUUGCGCUUCUCAGAUGCAGAUGGCAAGGAAUAUGACUUUGGGACACAGCUGCCAUCUAGCUCCCCCGGUUCACUUAAGGUUGACGAUACUGGGAAGAAGAUUUUUGCUGUCUCUGGCCUCAUUUCGGAUCGGGAAGCCUCUUCUAGCCCAGAGGAUCGGAAUGACAGAUGUAAGAAAAAGGCAGCAGCUUUGUUUGACAGCCAGGCCCCUAUUUGCCCCAUCUGCCAGGUCCUGCUAAGGCCCAGUGAGUUGCAGGAGCAUAUGGAGCAAGAACUUGAACAGCUGGCCCAGCUGCCUGCCAGCAAGAAUUCCCUUCUGAAGGAUGCCAUGGCUCCAGGCACCCCCAAGUCCCUCCUGUUGUCUGCUUCCAUCAAGAGAGAAGGAGAGUCUCCAACAGCUUCACCACACUCCUCUGCCACUGACGACCUGCACCACUCAGACAGAUACCAGACCUUCCUGCGAGUGCGAGCCAACCGGCAGACCCGACUGAAUGCUCGGAUUGGGAAAAUGAAACGGAGGAAGCAAGAUGAAGGGCAGGUAUGUCCCCUGUGCAACCGCCCCCUGGCAGGAUCGGAGCAGGAGAUGAGUAGGCAUGUGGAGCAUUGCCUUUCUAAGAGGGAAGGCUCCUGCGUGGCCGAGGAUGAUGCCGUGGACAUCGAGCAUGAAAACAGCAACCGCUUUGAGGAGUAUGAGUGGUGCGGGCAGAAGCGGAUACGGGCCACCACUCUCCUGGAAGGUGGUUUCCGAGGCUCUGGCUUCGUCAUGUGCAGUGGCAAAGAGAAUCCGGACAGCGACGCUGACCUGGAUGUGGAUGGGGAUGACACUCUGGAGUAUGGGAAGCCGCAAUACACGGAGGCUGACGUUAUCCCCUGCACAGGCGAGGAGCCUGGUGAAGCCAAGGAGAGAGAGGCACUACGGGGCGCAGUCCUAAAUGGCGGCCCUCCCAGCACACGCAUCACGCCUGAGUUUUCUAAAUGGGCCAGUGACGAGAUGCCAUCUACCAGCAACGGUGAGAGCAGCAAGCAGGAGGCCAUGCAGAAGACCUGCAAGAAUAGUGACAUCGAGAAAAUCACCGAAGAUUCAGCUGUGACCACGUUUGAGGCCCUGAAGGCUCGGGUCAGGGAACUUGAACGGCAGCUAUCCCGUGGGGACCGUUACAAAUGCCUCAUCUGUAUGGACUCCUACUCGAUGCCCCUAACGUCCAUCCAGUGUUGGCAUGUGCACUGCGAGGAAUGCUGGCUGCGGACCCUGGGUGCCAAGAAGCUCUGCCCUCAGUGCAACACCAUCACCGCACCCGGGGACCUGCGGAGAAUCUACUUGUGAGCUAGCCACCCCUGGCGGGCCGUGCCUCGAGCAGCCCCACCUGCCUGCCUCUGUGACGUGACCGUCCCCCUUGUACAUACUUGCACACAGGUUCCCCAUGUACAUACAUGCGUGCACACACGCGUGCGCGCGCGCGCACACACACACACACACACACACACACAGGACUCUGGAGCCAGAGUGGAUGCUGAGGCCCAGGCCCUGCCUGCUGGCUGCCACCAAGACUGGGGACCAUACCUGUUCCAGGUUCUGUCCCCAGGGUGGGCCAAGGAGGUGGAGGUGAGGGGGAGUAGUGGGGCAAGGCUCCUGAGAUCCAGCCCCCAGACUGACAGACGGACAGACAGACAUGCAAACACCAGACUGAAGCACAUGUAAUAUAGACUGUGUAUGUUUACAAUGUUGUGUAUAAAUGGGACAACUCCUCACCCUCCACUCCAUCCCCUCUCCUUUGGUUGUAUGAUUUUCUUCUUUUUUUUAAGAACACCUGGAAGCAGUGCCCCCUUCAGGGCUGGCUGGGGGCUCGGCCCAUCCACCUCUCAGGGCGCCUGCCUCUCUCUCCCAUGGUAUCCCUUUUCCUCUCCCAUGUGCUCGGUGUUCAGUGAUGUAUAUUUCUUCCCCCAGACAUGGGCCACGUGCCCCAAGGGACACGAUCCUCUCCUUAGUCUUAGCUCCUGGGGCUCUCUAUAAGGAGUUGGGGGAGGGGCGAGACACAGGAAAUGGGAACCGAGCUAAAGCAAGGGCUGAGAUUGGGGCUGGCUGAGUGUGCUCCUGGCUGUCCAGCCUUCUGCCAAGAACCAUUCCUGGGAUUAGAACUGCUGUUCCCAGGGAAAGUCGUCUCCCCCACCCCUCCCACAUGGGCCCCACGGUGUGAUGCUGUGUCUGUAUAUUCUAUACAAAGGUACUUGUCCUUUCCCUUUGUAAACUACAUUUGACUUGGAUUAAACCAAUAUAAACA